CUCGCCAAGCCAGUUUGUUUCUGCCUUGCUCAUGGCCUCCAAGAGCAACGACGCCCACGUCGAAUGGGGUGUCUUGCCGCUCAAUGGCGCGCUCGAGAAGCUCGUUACGACCCGGGGUGGCUUGAGCUCGGAAGAAGCGCAGAAGCGGCUCGGCGAAUGGGGCGCCAACGCGCUGCCAACACACAAAGUCAACAAGCUCCUCGUCUUUCUCGGUUUUCUCUGGAACCCGCUCUCGUGGGCGAUGGAAGUGGCCGCCAUCCUCUCGAUCAUCCUGCUGGAUUACCCCGAUUUUGGAUUGAUCCUCGCGCUGCUUUUGCUCAAUGCCGGCAUUGGCUUUUUCGAAGAGAUCCAAGCGGGCGACGCGGUCGCUGCGCUCAUGGGCCAGCUCGCGCCGGAAGCCAAGGUGCUGCGCGACGGCGUCAUGAUCAACACCCCCGCUGCGCACCUCGUGCCCGGCGAUGUGAUUCGCAUCCGGCUCGGCGAUGUGCUCCCGGCCGACGUCAAGUUUCUCGAAGGUGACGCUGUCAAGAUCGACCAGUCGUCGCUGACUGGCGAGUCGCUCCCCGUGACAAAGCGGGAAGGCGAUGAAGGCUACUCGGGCUCGAUCUGCAAGCAAGGCGAGAUCGAGGCCGUCGUGACGUGCACGGGCGUGCACACGUUUCUCGGUCGGGCGGCCGAGCAGAUUGCCGGCGCCGACAGUCACGGGCGGCUCCAAGAGGUGUUGACGACGGUCGGCAACUUUUGCAUGGUGUCGAUCAUCGUCUGGUGCAUCAUCGAGCUCAUCGUGCAGCUCGGCGGCCGCGCGAACGAGAACCCGUGCCUUCUCAAGAACGACGGCUGCCUCGGCGUCGCCAACAUCCUCGUGCUCAUCGUCGGCGGCAUCCCAGUCGCGAUGCCCACCGUGCUCUCGGUGACAUUGGCAAUUGGGUCGUCGGCGCUCGCGAGGGAAAAUGCAAUCGUGACGCGCCUCACGUCGAUUGAAGAGAUGGCGUCGAUGGAGAUCCUCUGCUCGGACAAGACGGGAACGCUCACGCUCAACAAGCUCUCCGUCGAUAUGGACAACUUGAUCCCGUACAACGACUAUGCAGCCGACGACAUUCUCAAGUACGGGGCGCUGGCGGCCCGCAUCGAGAACAACGAAGCCAUUGACGUCGUCUGCUUCAACACAUACCCGGGCCACAACACGCUCUGGCAACAGUAUACGCUCCUGCACUACACGCCGUUCGACCCGAUCACGAAGCGAACGAUCGCCAAGAUCAAGGAGAAUGCGACCGGUCGGAUCUUCCGCACGUGCAAAGGCGCGCCGCAAGUUUGCUUGGACAUGGAUGCCAACGCCGAUAGUCUCCGGAGCGAAGUCGAGAGGCGCAUUAAUGAAUUCGCCGGCCGCGGCUACCGCGGGCUCGGCGUUGCGUUUGCCCCGGACGAUGUACCACUCGAAGACGCGUCGUGGCGCCUCGUGGGGCUUCUGCCGCUCUUUGAUCCGCCCAGGCACGAUACGGCCGAGACUAUCCGGAAGGCGCUCGAGCUCGGCGUGUCGGUCAAGAUGGUCACGGGCGACCACCGCGUGAUUGCGAUCGAAACGUGCCGCCAGCUCGGCAUGCCCACCAACAUUUUGGACACGUCGUUCUUCAACAGUACGCCGCCCGCCGGCGUCAACCUCGCGCAAAUGGUGUACGAGACAGACGGCUUUGCGCAGGUGUUUCCCGAGCACAAGUUUGAGAUUGUGCGGCUGCUGCAAUCGCUCAACAAAGUCGUGGGGAUGACCGGCGACGGCGUCAACGAUGCGCCGGCAUUAGCCCAAGCCGACAUUGGCAUUGCAGUCGAUGACGCGACCGACGCCGCGCGCGCCGCCGCCGACAUUGUGCUCGUGUCGCCAGGCCUCUCGGUCAUCAUCACGGCCAUUCGCCUCUCGCGCGAGAUCUUUUUGCGCAUGAAGAACUACGCCAUGUACUCGGUGGCCAUGACGGUCCGGAUCGUGUGCACGUUUGGCUUGCUCACGAUCGGCUUCAACUGGUACUUUCCAACGAUCCUCGUCGUAAUCCUAGCGAUUCUCAACGACGGUACGAUUCUGACGAUCGCAAAAGACAAUGUGACCGCGUCCCGAACGCCCGACUCGUGGAAGCUCAAGCACGUCUUUAUCGCAUCCAUCUGCUUUGGGCUCUGGCUCACGCUCUCGUCCGUCGUGCUCUUUGCCAUCGUGUACCGCACAACAGCGUUUGCGGGGUUUCUCGGCGCCGAGAAUCUCUGUGUGAGCUGCCUCAAGAGCCACUGCGACGCGUACUUCACCAAGCAAAUCCAGCUCUGCACGCGCCAGUUUGGGAAAUCGAUGGUCUGUGGCGAGCUCGACGGGUCCGUGCCCCUCAACGUACAGCGCGACGCCUUGUCGGCCAACCGCGCGCGCUACAUUGCCGGCUACUGGGAGGCCUACACCGUCUACACGGCCGGUGAGACCCGCGACGAUCUCUUCACCGACCUCUCGGGCAGCCAUAUCAACGACCUGCCGUACACGCCGAGCGCCAACGACGUCUAUAACCAGUUUGUCACGCAGUAUACAGCGACAUCGGUCGACGACGCGCUCGAUGGCAACGGCGUCGGGCUCGUCGGCCACGACUUUGUACCGCUCACGAACGGCGCCAGCUUUUGCGAUUUUAUGUGGAGCUACGCCAACUUCAACAGUACAUGGACAAAAGACUUCCGCGUCAUUGGCCCCGGCCGGCAAAAGAAAGAUGGCAUCUUGCGCGCGCUCAUGUACACGCAAGUGUCGAUCUCGGGCCAAGCCCUCAUCUUUGUGACGCGCACGGCCGGCAUCAACACGUGGUUCUUUGCUGAGAAGCCGUGCACCCUCUUGCUGCUCGCGUUUGUCGGCGCCCAAGUCGUCGCUUCGCUCAUUGGGUACUUUGGGUUUCACGGGUACCCGAGCGACCGCAUCGCGAUUAUCGGCUGCGGCGGCGGCUACCUCUUGAUCGCGUGGCUCUGGUCGAUCGUGUGGCAGUUUCCGCUCGACUUGAUCAAGUUUGCCGUCAACUACGUCCUCCAAACGCGCGCGUACACGUCGACGGCCUUUGACUCGCGCAUCAAUGCCGGGCACCCGACGAUGGCGCACGCGCGCGUCACGAGCCGCGUCCGCACCGAGCGGGCCAUCUCGACGUCGCGGGCCGUCCCGACUGCCACCAGCUGAGUCUCGGAACCCUACCCCUAAAACCAUAAACCCUAACCCGAAACCAGGGCGAUUCCGUCGCACUGCCUUGCAUCGUUUGAUUGAAAAAUAGAAAACUCCAUACACCGA